UCUCGAAACUCGAUCGAGGGUCUCAGACAGCUAUGUUUGUUGCACUACACCAUUAAGGCUCUAGCAAUCGCACGGCCACGCUUGACCUUAGACUAGCACCAUCAGCUGGCAUGCUAUACGUUCCUAGCUUACUGGAGUGAUUCUACUCAACGCAGCAGGUGGAUAUCGAACCUCGCAAUCGAUUCGAAAUGGCGCCUCAGCGUCGACGAGGCAGCAAGCACGCCGUAAAGGACGAGGAUCUGACUCACACAAAGUACGACGAUUAUAGCCACGAACAGCUGCUCGUAGCGGUCAAAGAGGCUGGCUGCUGUGUCAAGGAUGACAAGAAGAGCGUUGUGGCAAGGAAGCUCGCUGAUCACGAUCGAAACCUGCAGAACGCAGAGCGGAGAGCGGUGCAAGAGCGAAAGGAGAAGGAGGAGAGAAGACAGCAAGAGAUUAAGGACGCUGCCAAAGCGCAGAAGGAUCGGCGAAAGGCAAGAGCAAAGCGCAACAAGGAAAAGGGUAGAAGGCGGGAAUGUGAAGAAGAUGUCAGCUCAAACUCUGAGGACACCGCUGAUGCGGACGUGGAAGAUAGGCAUGAUGCACAUAAGCUCACAGUUACAGGCGGCAAGGCGCUUAGCGACGAGACCUGGGAAGACACAUGCUCCGACACUACGGUCAAUUCUGAGAACCCACCCAUUAUGCCAGACUGUAAGCGGCGGUUGUUCGAAUGGUCAUAUAUCACCAUGCCACCGGUGACCGCGCCUCCGCACGCCUGUUCUAAGGACUUCUCAAUGCAGCUUACUUACGCACUUCUGAAAGUCAUCACGACACAAAGCUGCGAGAAGAUCACACUGCUGGGGCAAAAAGAUCCGGCGGGCGUCGACACAGAUUACGUGCCUGUUCUUGACCCACUCACUCGCUCUGCUGCGCGGCAUGGACACAUGACCGGCCUCCUAGCUUAUGCGACCAUCGAGUGUGCUACGUCUUGGGCAGCUCGCAGUAUCGUUCAGGGCUGGAAUGGGCGCAUGUACUUCUCUCUCUCUCCUUACAAUGAUGCUAAGGAUAUGCGGCUCGACGCUGUGUAUCGCAAACGGUACAACGAACAGUCGAAGCUUCUGCACACAACACCAGGGAUCACAGAUCUCCAAAUCGACCGCAAGUGCAGAUUUUCUCAACGACUGGCUAACAAGCGCAAAGCAGUUCUCGAAGUGUAUGAGGCGUGCAAGUGGAGGCCACUGGCUGUAAGCUACAUGCCGGCCUACCUUGAUUGGGAGAAAGGCAUUGAUUUUGCUUCUCUCGAGGAUUUCAACAAGCCGAUCGACAACUUGUACUACGUCCGUGAUCCUGGCUGUGAUCUCCCGCACUACUAUUUUUGGGCCAGGAAGAGCGAGUGGACUGACUCUACGACUUUAAAUCCAAGCUGGAGCCCUGAGGCGUUCAAGCAGCAAGGUACUGUCGGUAAAGCAGUGGAUGCAUACACACGGAUGGCACCAACACAACUCAGAGUCAAGAAGCUCACACCGGUGCCUCCACUUCGCUACGACUUGCCCAAUUCCUCAGAUCCUGUUACCUUACCUUCAAACAUCGAGCGCGACAUUUACACGCACGGUCUAUCCGCGACUCUCACAAAAUACAAAGCCUUUGCUACCUCGGUUGACAAAGGAGAAGCAUGGGCCGUCUUCACACGAAAACUGCCAGUGCUGUAAUCUAGCGGUGAACUGCCCAGUGCACCGCCAGUCACACCAGCAAUGGGUAUGUGUGUAGUAGAGAAAAUCGCUGCGCUGAUGUGUGGGUGCGAGGUUCUGCCUUGUACUGGCGCAGAGAGCUGGACGAGGGACGACGAUGCGCUCUGGGGUGUCGUUACCCGUGUAGACGAUGAAGAUGUUGGGAUGUGUGAAGAUGAUGCCGCCGAAGAACGACAGGACCUUCCUCGCUCGUCGUCAGGUAGCAAGGAUGAAGUUGAAGAUAGAGUGCAAGCUCUCCACCGCCGCGAUAAUAUGGACAUCAUGAUGCACCCAAAAGAGAAGCGCGUAUGGGCCUGGCUUGACAACAUCAGCUCCAUGUACUCGCCGCGUAUAGUACUGCCCUCUCCAAUCGC